AUGGACAAUUUGAAAAAUGGUGAAUUUAUUGCUAAAGCAGAACCUCCAUUGUCAUCACAUGGUUCAUUUUGGCAACAUUUAUCACGUAUUAAAUCCUCCAGUAAUGAAUACCAACCAUUUGUUCAGUGUCAAUUAUGCAGUGAGAUUUUAUCAUAUUCAAUUUCUAAUGGAACUUCUACUAUUAGUUAUCAUGUUAAAAAUUGUCUUGAUAAAUCAAAUCAAUUAAAGAACAAUAAAUCUAUUGAUAAGUAUUUAAAUACAUCUAAUGAAGUUAGUGUAUCAAUUAAUGAUAAACGAGCAAUCACAAUCGCUUGUGCAAAAUUUUGUUCAUUUGAUUUGAGAUCUUUCAAUAUUGUAAAAGGUUCUGGUUUUACAUCUUUAUGUCAAUCUCUAAUUGAUCUUGGUUAUCAAUAUGGUGUUGCUAAACUUGGUGCACCUACAUCGACUUCAUUAUUACCUGAUCCAACUAAUAUCUCUCGUACUAUUUCUCAAAUAUCUGAAGAAUAUCGACACAAAUUAAAAAAUAUUCUGAAGAAUGAUUUGCAAGAUGUGAAAUUAAUAGGUAUAUCAACUGAUUAUUGGAAAAAUAGUGGUACAAGUGAGAGUUAUUUAACAAUUUAUAUUCACUAUUGCAGAAAUGAACAAAAUAUUACCUAUAUGUUACGAACGUCCUUAUUUGAUCAAUCAAAAACAGGUGAUAAUACAAAGAAAAAAAUCUUCUCGACUUUAUCAAGUUACGAUAUUAAUUCAGAAAAAUAUCAUAUAGUUUAUAUUACGGACAAUGGUUCUAAUCUUGUUUGUGGUUUGCCAAGUGAACAAUUGUCUUCUGAUGCUUCACCAACGUUACAUCUAGUUGUUCCUUGGUUUUGGAAAUUAAAAAAUUCUUGUAUACCUAAUGAUGAUGAUCAUUUAUUAUUAGCUCAAUUUAAAAAUACUGUUUCAAGGAUGCUGGAUGAUAAAGUUUAUUUGACAUCAUUACAUUAUAUAGCUACUUUUUUAUAUGCUGCAACGAAAAAGCUUCAAACAUUAGAUGACGGUCUUCGAAAUGAAAUUUAUGGUGAUGUUAGAAAAAUAAUGGGAACACUUGGUAUUCGUGAAGAACACUCAUCUUUAUUAUCUAAAACGAACUCUAGAAUCACCAGUAAACCACCAAAAAGAAAGAAAAACAAUUUGAUAAUGGAAAGUGAUGUUAUGGGAGAAUUUGCGGGAGCUGUAGAGGGCAGCUCGGAUGAUGAAUCUGAUGAAGUUGAACGUUAUCUUAACACGAAAAUUCCAUUUACAAAAGAUGAUACAUUAUUAAAAUGGUGGAGCAAACACUCUCUAAUAUUUCCACAACUUGCUGUAUUAGCAAAAUCAUUAUUUGGAGUUCCUGCAAGUUCAGCAACAUCAGAACGUGUUUUUAGUUCAUCUAGUCGGAUUUUAGAAAAACGAAGACAAUCAUUAAAUCCAGAUGUUGUAGACGAUAUGUUAAUGAUUCGAAAUUUUCGAGAUAUGUAA